AUGGCUACUGGAAACUGGACAAGAGUAAGUCAGUUUAUCCUCAUGAGCUUCUCUUCCUUACCCACCGAAAUUCAAUCAUUCCUCUUCUUAACACUUCUAAUCAUCUACCUGGUCACCCUAACGGGAAACAGCCUCAUCAUUCUGGUUACACUGGCAGAUCCCAUGCUGCACAGUCCCAUGUACUUCUUUCUCAGGAACUUGUCCUUCUUAGAGAUUGGCUUAAAUCUAGUCAUUGUGCCCAAAAUGCUGGGGACCCUACUUGCCCAAGAUACAACCAUCUCUUUCCUUGGCUGUGCCACUCAAAUGUAUUUCUCCUUCUUCUUUGGGGUAGCUGAAUGCUUCCUCCUGGCCACCAUGGCAUAUGACCGCUAUGUAGCCAUCUGCAGUCCCUUGCACUACCCAGUCAUCAUGAACGAAAGGACACGUGCCAAACUGGCUGCUGCCUCCUGGUUUCCAGGCUUUCCUGUAGCUUCUGUGCAGACUACAUGGCUUUUCAGCUUUCCAUUCUGUGACAAUAAGGUGAACCACUUCUUCUGUGACAGCCCUCCUGUGCUGAGGCUGGUGUGUGCAGACACAGCACUGUUUGAGGUCUACGCCAUCGUGGGAACCAUUCUGGUUGUCAUGAUCCCCUGCUUGCUGAUCUUGUGUUCCUACACUCGCAUCACUGCUGCCAUCCUCAAGAUUCCAUCAGCUAGGGGCAAGCGUAAAGCCUUCUCUACCUGUUCCUCCCACCUCCUUGUGGUCUCCCUUUUCUAUGUGUCUUUAAGCAUUACUUAUUUCCGGCCUAAGUCAAAUAAUUCUCCUGAGAGCAAGAAGCUUCUAUCAUUGUCCUACACUGUUGUGACUCCAAUGUUGAAUCCUAUCAUCUACAGCCUGAGAAAUAAUGAGGUGAAGAAUGCCCUCGGCAGGACCUUCCAUAAGGUUCUAGCCUUCAGACACCAUGUCUCCCUAUGCAGUAAGAGGUAA